AUGGAACAGGGAAAAGCUCCAAUUGACCUCCUAUGUGGUUGGCCCAACCCCGCGCUCCUCCCCGCCCCCGAUCUCCGCCACUCCGCCACGACCGUUCUGUCUGAUCUCUCAAUUGCCAAUCCAGCCCUGCUUUAUGGCCCCGAUGAAGGCUAUGAGCCACUGCGCAUCCACAUAGCCUCGUGGCUGAACACGUUCUAUCAGCCUUGUGAACCGAUCUCCUCCCAGCGCAUUUGCAUCACCGGCGGGGCAAGUCAGAACCUCGCGUGCGUACUACAAGUCUUCACAGACCCAAUCUACACGCGCAAUGUGUGGAUGGUCGCACCAACCUACUUCCUGGCAGCCCGGAUCAUGGACGAUGCCGGGUUCGCCGGGCGCCUACGUGGGGUUCCCGAGGAUGACGAGGGAAUCGACAUUGACUUCCUAGAGCGAGAGCUGCGCGCCGCAGAAGAGAAAGCCAUCCAGGCUGGAAAUACAGAGCCGAAGCUGAAACCACCGAGGCCCUGGCGGAAGAUCUACAAGCAUGUCAUCUAUGCUGUCCCAACCUUUGCGAAUCCCUCGGGAAUGAUCAUGUCGUUGCGCAGACGGGAGGCGCUUGUUCGCCUGGCCCGUCGCUAUGAUGCGCUGAUAGUCACAGACGACGUUUACGAUUUUCUACAGUGGGCGGUUGUCCCGGCCGACGUGGAUUUCUUUAAGUGGGCGAAGAAGCCUGAGGCGCAUUUGUCUGAUCGCGCAUACAUCCCGAGGCUGGUCGAUGUGGACCGUUACUUGGACGGUGGUCCGGCUGAUGAAUGGGGACACGCAAUAAGCAACGGCAGCUUCAGUAAGCUGAUCGGCCCUGGGGCUCGAACAGGCUGGGCUGAGGCGUCUGAAAAGGUUGCCUAUGGAAUAUCACAAACUGGCUCUUCUCGAUCGGGCGGCGCACCUUCCCAUCUUUGCGCCGCAAUGAUAGACCAGAUGUUUCCCACAGAGAUCCUUCAGAAGCACAUCUGCGACGUUCUUCAGCCGCAAUAUUCCUUGCGGUACGACCGACUACUGGCAGCAAUUAAAGAGUACCUCCUGCCACUAGGUGUGACAGUCCCCGCACCAACCGCCGCGGCCGGAGGAUACUUCAUCUGGGUCACUCUUCCAAAGCCAGUGCGCGCGUCUGAUGUGGUUCAACGAGCGCAAGCCGAGGAACAAUUACGUUUAGCCGCGGGCGAUCUCUUCCAGAUCCCUGGUGACCCUCAGGCUGGUGCUUUCUCAGACCAUCUGCGCCUCUGUUUUGCGUGGGAAGAGUUGCGCCACUUGGAUGAAGGUGUGCGUAGGCUAGCGCGUGUCUUGAAGCGUAUUAUUUCGUAG